AUGCACUGGGAACUAACUGCUUACUUUCCUGCAGGGUUACUCCGCAAACCUCUCCUCAGAGCACAACCAGACUCUGUGGUCUCCAUGCAGUCUAGGGUGACCUUCUUGUGUGAGGGGACCACAGGAGCCACAAAGUAUUAUCUGUAUAAAGAGAGAAGCCAAGAUCCAUGGCGCACUGAAAUUCCACCUGAGCCUGGGAACAAGGCUGAAUUCAUCAUCUCAAGAAUUUACCAGCACCAUGCUGGAGGAUAUCACUGUUACUACCAGACCAAUGAUGGAUGGUCAGUAUACAGUAACCUCGUGGAGCUGGUGGUGACAGGAGCACACAGUAAACCUAGCCUGUCAGCCCAGCCCAGCCCUGUGGUAACCUCAGGAGGGAACGUCACCCUCCAGUGUGCCUCCGAGAAUUAUGACAAAUUCAUUUUGACUAAAGAAGGACCACAGAAGCUGUCCUGGAAGCAGAACUCACAGUAUAACUACACUAUUAUGAAGUACCAGGCCUUGUUCUCUGUAGGUCCAGUGACCUCCAGCCACAGGGAGACAUUCAGGUGUUACAGCCAUGGCAUGAACAAUCCCCGUGUGUGGUCAGAACCUAGUGACCCCCUGGAGCUCCUAUUCUCAGGGAACCUCCAGAAACCCAUUAUCAAGGCUGAGCCCAGCUCUGUGAUCACUUCCGGAAGUCCCACAAUCAUCUGGUGUCAGGGAACUCCAGACGCAGAAAUAUAUGUUCUGCAUAAAGAGGGGAGCCAAAAACCCUGGGAAACACAGACCCCAGAGGAGCCUGGGAACAAGGCCAAGUUCUCCAUCCAUGAUGUGACAAAGGACCAUGCAGGGCAAUAUCGCUGUUACUGUUACAGCUUGGAUGGUUGGUCAGAGCGCAGUGACACCCUGGAGCUGGUGGUGACAGGCAUAUACUACUACACUAAACCCAGCUUGUCAGCCCUGCCAUGUCCUGUAGUAACUUCAGGAGGAAGCAUGGCCCUACUGUGUGUCUCACAGUAUCAAUGUGAUAAGUUCAUUCUCACCAAGGAAGAUGAAAAGUUCUCCAGCUCUGUGGAUGCACAGUAUAUACCCUCUACUGCACAGUACCAAGCCCUGUUCACUAUAGAACACGUGACCCCAAACCACACAGGGACUUUCAGAUGUUAUGGGCACUACAAGGAUACUCCACAGUUGUGGUCAGUACCCAGUGAUCCCUUGGAAGUACACCUCUCAGGGCUGUCCAGGAAGCCAUCUCUGCUGACUCACCAAGGACAUAUCCUGGACCCUGGAAUGAGCCUCACCCUGCAGUGUUCCUCUGACAUCAACUAUGACAGAUUUGCUCUGUACAAGGAGGGGGAAGCUGACUUCACACACCGCUCUAGCCAGAGGACCCAGGCUGGCCUCUCUUUUGCCAACUUCACAUGGGACUAUGUGAGGCAGGACGUGGGAGGCCAAUACAGGUGCUAUGGUGCACACAGCCUCUCCUCUGAGUGGUCAGCCUCCAGUGACCCCCUGGACAUCCUGAUCACAGGACAGCUCAGUGUCACACCUUCACUCUCAGUGAAGCCUAACUCCACAGUCCACUCAGGAGAGAAUGUGGUCCUGCUGUGUCAGUCAUUAUACAGAGUGGACACUUUCAUUCUGUCCAAGGAGGGAGCAGCCCACCAACCUCUGCGGCUGAAAUCAAAGUUCCAAGCUCAACAGUACCAGGCGGAAUUCUCCAUGAGUGCUGUGACCUCCACCCUCACAGGCACCUACAGGUGCUAUGGGUCUCAAGGCUCAUCGCUCUACCUGUUGUUCUACGCCAGUGCCCCUGUGGAGCUCAAGGUAUCAGGUGAGAACCAGGAUCACACAGUGGAGAAUCUCAUUAGGAUGGGAGUUGCUGCCUUUAUCCUCAUAGUUCUUCGAAUUCUGAUCAUAGAGGCACGGGACACCCAGAGACGGACUCACCAUGUAGUGGGAAGAUAA